AUGGGUCAGGGCGGCGUCGACCUAGAAGAACCCUACCAUACAAUCUCCGACGAGGAGGCGCCGCCGUUCUUGGGCGAGGCGGCACCACCAUCACCCGCGGGACAUCGCAAGGAACUGCGCAGGCAAAUCAUCUGCUACUCGGUGCUCUGCCUUGUUGUCGCGGCGAUAUGGCUCGGUCGCCACUUCUACGAGGCCAUGGUGUAUGCCAACAUCCCCUCCUUCACCGUGCACCUCACCAGCUACGACGGCAUCGACGCGGCCCGCCCGGCCCGCGUCGUCUCGCCGGCGUUCAACCUCACGAUCCGCAUCAACAAGACGUGUGCCGACCGCGCCGAUGUUGUCGUGUCCUACGCCGACGUCGCGCUCAGCUGGGGGCGCGUGGAGCCGCACGACUGCACCGGUGAGCGCCCCGGCAGAGACGUGGCGGUGAUGGCACAAGGCAAGGGGGUGGGGCUCUCGAGGGGGCUGCGCCAGCGCAUGGCGGAGGAGCGGCGAGGGUCGGCGGCGCUGGAGCUCGACGUCGAGGUGACGGUGUACAACGACGUCCCCGAUCACAUCUUCGGCCCCGACGUCCGUGACAAUGUGAUGUCGUGUAUGCUCAGGACGGAUGGACAUGGCAGGUCCGCGGAGUCGGAGCCUUGCACUUGGUACUCAUUAGUGCCUUUUGAUGAGAAAAUGGAUAUUUUUUCGAGGCAAUAG